GUUUCUGUUUGAAGGUCAUCAAAAUAGAUCUCAGACGGAAGGUAGUACUAGUGCAUCAAGAGGACGAGGACUUGGACUUGCGUUUUUAUUUUUCAUCUGGACGAGUUUCUUCAAACUAUAAUGAUAAAUCUUAUCUACUCAGCUCGCUUUCUCUUUCCCUACUAACAUCAGAUACUCUUCCCUAUAGGAGAACAAGUUGUCAGGUUGUACUACUUAACGGAGCGUGCAGAACGAGCCCAACUUUCACUUGAUCGCCAUGAGACCACCACCGAAGAGGAUCACCACGGGGUGUUCUUCUACGCCACCUGUUUUAUUCAGUACAUCCGUGCAGCCCUGGAAUAAAAGUGAGAAUCGAGGACGCCCCCGGGUUGUCAUGUUGCUACCCGUGGGGGCGAAAAAAACAUCUACCUCCCGGGGUCGUUUCUGCUUUUCAAGCGCGGUGUCAUCGUUGGGAAUAAACACCAGAUCUUCUGGUGGAACAGACGUUGCGUCGGCGCGGUCGUCUAGAGGUACUAGAAAAACAGGAAGCUGGUGCACCACUACACAGCAGGAGAUUUUUCGCCGCCCGGCAGGCAACAUUGCAGCUUUUGAACAUGAUCAAGUAGGAGCAGGUGCGGUGCUGCCGUACACGUCGUACAGUCAUCCUGGUGCCGUCAAGAACAGCAACAAUGAUCAAAGGGGAAGGUGGACGAGAUUUCUUUCAUCAACAACCAUCUCUAUCUCAUCAACCGCCCCGGGAAGAUCAGUACAUGGUGCGAAGAACGAGCUGCGCACCAUCGAGAAGGGGACACCUGUAUCAACUGUAAAAAUGUCUGGGUCUGGAAGAAUUCAUGUGUGUCAUCCUUGUCUGGCAUGACUCUUAAAUCUGUCAUGCACGUUACUCAAGAGCUAGAGCUCCGUUUUUCUGUGAUGCAGAGCCGUAGUUUGUCAUGCAGAAUAGGCAACACCUAGGAGCUCAGAAACUUGUCAUGCUGAGCCAGUAUUCGUAGCCUCAUCAUGAGACGCCACCCAGCAUUACAAGUUUCCAGACUAAGACACUUUUACUUUUGAUAACCUGGAACACCGGACUAUCGAGUCUUUUUCGCGACCUCCUCGAAAGGUUGUUGUUCACAACUACCUGCAGAAGUAGCUGCUGCCCCUUCGUCUACUACCUACAUUUCUCCUUGGCACGACAUACCGCUGCGACCGAUAUUAGCGCAACGAGUAACAGAAGACUCGGCAUACAACUCUAGUAAAGAAGAUGAGAACACGCCCGACCUUUUCUUCCACUUCGUCUGCGAGGUGCCGAUGUUUACCACUGCGAAGUUCGAUAUGAGAGUGCACAGCGCCCCUCCUCCCAUCAUUUGCAGCAUUGCAUGAACAGCAAUAGAAGCGGCGACAAGAAUGCAACUUUUGCAUGACAAAUUUUACACAGGACGAUUGUAGCACUCUGGUGGCUCCUGCCAGAAUCUGUCAUGCUAACAACCCAAAGGGGCAAAGAGUCGAUUGGGUAUUUUGCAUGACAAAUGAGGGGGAGGUGGAGUUGUGCACUCUCAUAUUCGAAACUUCGAAAACAGAAGACUUCAAUCCGAUCAAGCAAGACACCCGGAAGAAGAGCGUAUCCUCUGCAAAAGUAUCGUAUUCGUAGAAAUGCAAGUCUUGCAUUACAAAUUUUUUUCCCAAGGUAAAUCCGCAUUACAAAUUUUACUUCUCAUGCUGAGGAGAUUUGUAAUGCAUUUAUACGAGUACGAUACUUUUGCAGUUGAUAGAGCGAUGGCCCCGACGUCCACCUUCGCCUAUGGAUGGCAAACAUGUCUGGGUUUGGAAGAGUGGAACUUGUAAUGCUGUAUGCGGAUUCUAAAAAUAUCAGUGUUGCAAGAGCAGCAAGAGGAGUCAGUUCUUGGCACGCGGAGAGGGCAUUUCUGAUGCGUAAUUAGCAUCAAGAAGCUCUCAAAAGAUCUGUGAUGCUAGCACCAGCAUCACAGACCUCACUGGUCAUGCAUCAAGAUGUGCAUGACAAGUUCCGGCUCUUCCAGACCCAGACACUUUUGCACUUGACAUCGCCACUACCAGUAUGAAAGCGAGGGCGAGAAGGGCAUGUUUGUCGGAGACUACGGGUUUUUUCCGCAGACCUUUUCCUCACGUGAGGAAAGGGAUAGCGUCACCGACGUUCCUGGUGAUGACGACCCACUAGACGUGCUGGUUAUAAGCACUACAGAUCACGAUGAUCUACAACUCGGGAACUACGCUAAAACCAAUGGAGAGAAGAUGACCUCUCCUGCCGAGCAAACACAAGUAGUACGUAAAAGCGACAAUAGCUCUUGUACUUCCUUUAAGACGUCAACCACGACAAAGGUCGGCGAAUGUUUUUUGGUAAAGCUGCUUGGUGGACUGGCGUUGAUUGACGAGGGCGAAUAUCAAGUGCAAAUGUGUCUGGGUCUGGAAAGAAUGGAAUUUGUGAUGCUAACUUUCGAUGAUACAAAAAAACCUGUGUUGCAUGAGCAGCAAACGGCACUCAGAUUUUUGCUAUUUGAAAAGGCAUUUCUCAUGCAGUGUAGGCAUAAGAAAGCCUUCACAAAAUAACCUGUAAUGCUAAAGCAUGCGUCACCGACAUCGCAGGGCAUGUAAAAUUUGCAUGACAAACUCCCCCAAUCGUCCAGAGCCAGACAUAUUUGCAAUUGAUAGCGAAACGGACUGGAAAAUGCUUUGUGUCCGGAUCGAGGAAGACGGCACACAUAAUGAUUUUAUCCCUGAUGCGCCGCAACUUGAUCGGAUCAGAAAAUUAUCCAAGAAAAAAAAAAUUGUAGGAGUUGUAUACUUUUUUUGAGGAACGGCAUUACAAAUCUGGGUGGCAUGAGAGCAAAAUAAACCUGUCAUGCGCAGAAGCUAGACUAACGAAUGUUUUUUUCUUCGAUAAAACUGGUUCCGAUUCUACAAAACCGCAGAGGGCAAGCCGGUAAACGAUUUCUUCGAAAACGGACGGUUUUUUUCUGCGGAGGAGUGUUUGCCAGUAAUAGAAGCGGUAUCAAAUGUAAAAAUGUCUGGGUCUGGAAGAAUCCAACUUGUCGUGCUGAUUUUGGAUGCUAAAAAAAUCUGUAUUGCAUGAGCAGAAAAGAGAGUCCAAGUUUUGCUACACGGAAAGAGCAUUUGUCAUGCGGUAUAGGCAUCAGGAAGCCCUCACAAAAUCUGUGAUGCUUGGGCAUGCAUCACAGACAUCAGGAUCCAUGCAAAACGUGCAUGACAAACCUGGUAAUCUUCCAGACCCAGACAUUUUUACAUUUGAUAAGCGGCACAUAGCUGCUGGAAGAGGAAGUUCUGUGACAAGUCAAGGAUUCAUUUUCGUGACAGUCAAGAACUACAUCGAGCGGCAAUAAAAUGAACCCGUUUUUCAACUACACCCUGGUUCGCCUCGAAGACCUGGCGCUACUUACUAAUGUGAAGAUGCAAAAUUAGUUCUAUUCCUAUGCGAUGCAAAAAUCUUCAAAAAUAUUUAUGUGCCGCGCGGCUGCACAUGGGGAAUGCCAAUUAUGAAUGCAGUAGAUCA